AGGAAGUACAUAAACAGAACACACUUGUAGCAGUUAUGGGCUGUUUUCCUGGAUUUGGUAAUGAUACAAAGUAGUAGCUCGUUGUUGUGGGUCAGUGAUUCAUGGCUAGUUCUGAUUUCAGUGCUGUUUUUUAGUGUCACCCAGUCCAAAAGGCAUGACUAAAGUCUUUUCAACAUGCCUGGAAAGAAAGGUCAGUCCCUUUAGGAAAUGGCAGUGAAUGUACGUGUGGAUGCAGGACAUUCAUAUAACCGCUAUGAGCUGCUGGCUUGGCUCAAUGAAACUUUACAGACAGGCUUCACUAAGGUGGAGCAGGUAUGCACAGGUGCAGCCUAUUGCCAGCUGAUGGACUGGUUAUGUCCCGGGUCCCUGGACCUUUCUAGGGUCCGGUUCCAAAGCAAUAACGUGGUUGACUGUAUCCACAACUACAGUUUACUGCAAACUGCAUUCAGAAAAGCUGGAGUUGUCCGACACAUCCCCAUUCAGGCAUUGAUUAAGAAGAACUCUGUGGUGGCUCUCACCUUCCUGCAGUGGUUUAAGACAUUUUUUGAUAAGAACAACGACAGGGAGUACCACGCGUUGGAGGCCAGAGGGGGGCAGAGUAUGAGUAUGUUUCCUUCUGACUCAGAUGACCCUUCCCAGACCUCUUGUCCGAAAUUGGAGAUUAUUGUGAAGAUGAAGGGCAAAAAAAUAGAAGAACCAAGACAAGAAAAACCAAGGGAGAGUUUGAACAUGAAUGCUGAUGUGGUAGUCAUGAUAUCUGAUGAUGAUGACAACGAUGUGGUGGAUGUGACGAUGGAGCAGAAAACAGAGACAAUGGAGGUAACAGCGAACAGAGACUGUGCACAGGAGAUAAAGAGAGUAGAGCAAGCAGAAGCAGCAGUGGACAGCAGUGGUACUUUGUUGAGCUUCAUCAGAAGAUACUGUAGUGACAAUGUGGGUACAAGUACAGACACUCAUACUUCUGGCCCUUUACUUUCUGCCAUUUUGAGACCAUCCCACCAAAAAGACAUCACCAAGGCCAGCUCACACACACCGUACUGCCUCUACCUCUACAUGGGGGUAGAGCUGGAUGGAGGACAGACCACAAGCGUUGUUCUGAUUGGCUACUUUGACCAGAGCUCAGGGGUCAGUGUGGUGAAACUGCUGCACACUCUCCAGCUGAGUGUUGAUACUGUUGAUCCAGAAACCUCAGCGGCCAUGGACACUGACACUCCUACAGUUGAACACACAGCAGAUUCUGAUGCACACCUUCUGAUUGAGAUGCUGAAAAAAUCUGGACUUUUUCUGUCCAACCUUGCUGUGUUUCACUGUAAUGCUCCACACACAGGGUUGAGCCAGGUAAUUGUAUCCAAGCUCCAGACUUACAACCCAAGCUUAGUGUCGCUCUGCGGCCUCCCUGGGAUGGCAGGAAGAGCAUUCCAGACCGGACUCCUUGUUUCCUUUAGUGGCGUGGUUGACUUGGUUAGAGCGAUCCACCAUCACUACUCCACCUACCACUCUGUUAAUGACGGUCUGAAAGAGAUAUUUGCUGGUACAGAGUCCUAUAAUUCAUCCCAUUCUAUCUCUGCACAGUGUUUAUUUAUUAUCUGCACUGUGCAAAAGAUGGUCAGCAGCUGGAGGGAUUUAGUGGCGUAUUUUAAGUCGCUUGGGCAAACAGAGGACACUGACCGGAUUCGAAGCCAACUGAUGGAUUAUAAAGUCAAACUGCACUUCCUCUUCCUGUCCCAAAUUUUGGAGCCCCUUCGAGGUCUUCAAGAACUGCAGCAGUAUGGCACAGCGGACGUGGCUGUGGAGCUCCAGAUGACCUCCAUCUUGAUUCAGUCCUAUGCAACCAACAUCCUCCGGCCCUCGGUCACCGAGCGCUUCCUCAGGAGACGAGACCUGCAGCUCCUCUGCAAUAAGAAGGAGCUGCUCCCCAUGGCAGAGGUGAAUGUGGGCUCUUGUGCCAGAGAAUUUCUGUGGGCCACUGCUGUUGUGGAUCUUGGGAAACGGGAGAGGAGCAACUUCCUGAAGGGUGCAGUGGCUUUCUAUAAAGCGGCACUCCAGAGUUUAGCAAAGAGUAUCCCUGAGCAGCUUGGAGACGCGGCGCUGAGAAAUAUCGCCACAGUCCUGAAAAAUCCUGAAAAUAUCAACGAUAAUACGUUGUCCAGAAAUGUGCUGUCAGAGUUGGGGGUUCAGCUGGGUCUGUGUAAAGCUGACUCUCCAGAAAUGCAUAAGCUGGCACAGGACUACCUCAGUUUCACUGAGAAAGUGAAGGAGCCACAGGCGGGUGGAGAAGGAGAGGGUCAUUGCUGGGCAAAGAUGUUGCAUGGCAUGAAACCGUACUCUAAUCUGCAUAGACUCCUCCUGACCCUCCUGGCAUUGCCGAGCUCUCUAUGCAGGACUCAGGUGUUUGAUAAGAUGUUACAGAGCAUCAAGGCUCUUCCUGAAAGCAGAGAAAGCCCCAGAGCCACACCUCGACCAGGCAGGUGGGCAGAGAGAACCCGCGUCCGCAGAAGGAAACUACCGGUCCAGAGGGGUUAUGGUGGCAAGAAGAAAGAAAAGGUGGAUGAAGAGAGUUCAUCAGAGGACAGUAGUGACAGUUUAGUGGCCAAACCCAGUCUGCACAGUUCUUCCAGACACUACAUUAUAGAGGACUCAGACUACACAGAUAAUUCCUCUGAUGUGGUUGACGUCACUGAAGAGUCCAGAAUGUCUCAGACCAGCAGACUAAAGGCAGAAGGUGAACAAAGUCCACCAGCAGAAGUUGAAUACGUCUUGGGCAGUGAUGAUGAUGGUGAUGAUGAUGACGACAACAUUGUUUCAACAAGCACGUCGUCCAGCUCUACACAAGUACUGGGUGUGAAUGGGGAGCUGGUCUGGGGCGAUGUAGAGAGUUUCUCUCCUUGGCCAGCCAUCAUCCUCCCCUGUAAGGAACAGAAGCUGGUUCAAGGGAGGAGGCUGGUGGAGUGGUACGGACAGAAGGUGUGCUCUCAGACCAAUUUGCAGGAUCUGAAACCAUUUGCUGCCUUUGGCCAGCACUUCUGUGCCAACUCCUUCGCCACCCUUGCCACGUACAAAGAAGCCAUUUCCUUGUCACUGGAGGAGGCAGCACUUCGUUGUAAGAAGCGGUUUUCUGCGCGUCCUGAUGAUGGUGAUGAGCUGUUGAAGAAGAUGUUGGACUGGGCCCUCAGAGGUUUUCGACCCACAGGGCCAGACGGAUUCAAACCACUGGCUUCCGUACACGGUGCUUCUAAAUCAUGCCACAGGCAGAAGGUGAACAUGACACUCCUCCUGAAACCCACCUCUUCUCCCCCGAGCAGCAAGAGGAACAUCGGCUCUGAGGUGAAAGAAGUGGCCGUCUCCAUGAACAAACUGUCGUGCCACUCCAAAGAGAAGUCCUCCCACAAAGGUGGAGAGACUGCAAGGGGAGAGAGAUUUGGCACCAAAGGAGGGGUGAAGGAAAAGGGAUCCAGAGGAGGAUGGGCAGCAGAGAAACACAGGAAGGGAGGAGAGAGAGACGACUCAGGGGGAGGAUUGGGAAGAGGGAAGGGUGAGGGAGGAUCGGGAGGAGAGAAAGGAGGGAAGGGACAGAAGAAGAAAGGCAGUCUGUUAGAUGGGGUUGAUGCUGACAUGUCACCAGAUUUUACGCCGUACAAGAAGAGGGCCUACACCAAAAUCUACAACAAGGUCAACCAGGAGACCACCGUCUACACCCAGCCGAACCAGAAGCUUAGAGAGGAGACCAUUCGUAAGAUCACAGACAUGAAACAGGACAUCGAAGGCUUCUGCUUGUGUUGUGGAACUGAAAAGGUUGAAAUAUUCCACCCUCUGUUUAAAGGCAGCCUCUGCUUAAAGUGUAAAGAUAACUUCACAGAAACUCUGUUUCGUUACGAUGAAGACGGGUAUCAGUCCUACUGCACCAUCUGCUGCUAUGGACUGGAGGUCAUACUUUGUGGCAAUGACAGCUGCUGCAGAUCUUACUGUGAGGACUGUCUGAACAUCCUCGUCGGUCCAGGGACGUUUGAAUCGCUGACGCUGGUGGACCCGUGGAUCUGCUACCUGUGUCAGCCUCACCGGCCCCAUGGAGCUCUGAUUCCCAGGGAGGACUGGAGCGUCCGUGUUCAGGAGUUAUUUGCCAACAACAGCGCCAUGGCGUUUGAGCCGCACCGUGUUUACCCAUCCAUCCCCGCCAACCAGCGCAGACCAAUUCGAGUUCUCUCACUGUUUGAUGGCAUAGCAACAGGCUACCUGGUUCUGAAGGAGCUUGGCUUUAAAGUCCAGACAUACGUUGCCUCAGAAGUUUGUGAGGAUUCAGUUGCCGUGGGGACCGUCAACCACGACGGGAAGAUCCUCCAUGUUGGUGAUGUCCGGUUCAUCACAGAGAAUGACAUCGAGCAGUGGGGUCCGAUUGAUUUGCUGAUCGGUGGCAGCCCCUGUAACGACCUCUCCAUCGUCAACCCCCUCAGAAAAGGCCUCUAUGAGGGCACCGGCCGGCUCUUCUUUGAGUACUACCGCAUCCUUCAGCUGCUGAAGCCCAAAGAGGGAGACCCUCGGCCGUUCUUCUGGCUGUUCGAGAACGUGGUCUUCAUGAACACACAUGACAAAGUCAACAUCUGCCGCUUCCUUGAGUGUAACCCGGUGCUGGUGGAUGCAGUCAAAGUGAGCCCAGCACACAGAGCCCGUUACUUCUGGGGAAACAUCCCCGGGAUGACGAGACCCAUCAUAGCCUCCCAGAGUGACAAGCUGAAUCUUCAGGACUGUUUAGAGAUUGGUAGAGAAGCCAGGGUCGCAAAGGUGAGGACGAUCACCACCAAUCCAAACUCUCUGAAGCAGGGAAAAGGUGUGUCUCUGCUGCCUGUCGUCCAGAACGGCAAAGAGGACAACCUCUGGAUCACUGAACUAGAAAAAAUCUUUGGUUUCCCCAAACAUUACACCGACGUGAGGAACAUGAACCGGCAGCAGAGGCAGAAGGUGCUGGGGAAGGCGUGGAGUGUGCCAGUCAUCCGUCACCUCUUCGCUCCCCUGAAGGACUAUUUUGCCUGUGAAGAGCUAUUGACCACAUCCACUACCAUCACCAACGCUACCUCCACCUCCAUAUCCUCCCCUCCCUCUCCAGACCUGCAGCAAUUGAGAUAGGGGGAAGUUGGUUAUGUUUUAUGUAGUGUAGUAUGCAUAGAUGUGCGUGCACGGAGGGUUUUCCCUCCAUAUGUCUUAUAAGAAGUAGAUGGAGCAUAAAUGGUCUCUGUAUUCAGUCUCCUAUUUUUAAAAGGCCAGCUCACAGACAGGCUUUUGUGGAUUGCUGCCUCGGGGCCAUUUUGUCUCUGAUGUGCCCCCGAGUCUCUUGCAUCAUGUCACACAUGUAGUUCCUGUGUGUAACAGUCACGCUGGCCCCAAAGCCGCUCUUUGUCUUGGGUAGAAAAUAGCAGGUUAUGCUCCCUCCAGAAAACUUUGCAGGAUGAGAGGUCUACCAGUGUCAAAAUGAAUGGUGCUGCAUACUGAUCAAAUUCAGAUGAUUUCCUUCCUUUGUGGCCAGUAACCGUCUAAACUAUUUGUGUCGUUUGUAUUUAACAUGGAAAUUAUGAGAUCGUGCCUACAUCAGGUAUUUGAAGUUUUUAACCAUUUUUAAAUGAACACAAAAAAAUCAUUGUUCUAUGGUGCAUGUUAAAAAGACAUUUUUACCACUGCUACAUUUGAGUUAUUUUUUUAAAGAUGUUAAUGUGUGGAUCAUUUCAAACAGAGCAGACCUGGGAGCUGCCUCGCUGCUUUAUUGUCAUAUUUGAAUCAUGUUUCCAGGACAAAAACAAAACGUGCGUCUACUGCAGUUUUAAACGUUUUUAAAAGACAUUGCCUUUCUCCUCUAUUUCCUGUGCCAAAACUAACCGAACCAUCAUAGUUGAUAAAAGGUUAAAACAAAAAAAAGACCUUUGUUCAAACACCAACCCUAAGACCUUUUAUCAUCUAUUUUCAACUCUUUUUUCCAACGUUUUGUAUAUGUUUGUAUUGUUCUUUUUUUUUUUUUUAAAUCAGGAAAGUAGGGCUGCAACUGAUACUUGUUUUUCUGCCAAAAAGAUAAAGAGAUGCCACUGCACCAUUAGGUGACCGUUUGGGCAUUUUUGUUUUUAAAAAAAAAAAAAAAAAAAAUGACCAAAAAGGUGUGAAUUAAUAAAUGACCUGUUGUUAAUCAACUAAUCAUUGCAGCCCUACAGGGAAAUGGAAAGUAACUGAGUGUAACCUUGAUUGUGUGUGUUUAGGAGGACGUGUUGCAUUUGUAUUGAUUGUUUUUUGCUGCAUUGUUGCCUUUUGGCAGGUGUGUGUGCUCUGCCACUUUUACACCAACAAAACUGUGAUGGACACAAAGACCCUCAAGAGCCUUUAUGUUGUUUUGGUGCAAAAUGAUAACAAAGCCAUAGUGAUGAAUAACAAUCAUCUGUACCACGUUUUGAUGAACCAUCAGUAAUGUUAAUAGUAACACUGGUGCUUUCCUUACUAUAGCAAACAACACACACAACACAUUAAUCACCUGUUGUCCAAUACUGACAAGUUAUUGAACCUGAUACCUCAGAUGUUUGUAGGAAGUGACCACAAUAUCAAAUGUUUUAUACUUUAUGAUGAAUAAUCCUCAUGUCCUAAAUGACUGAUUCUUGUAUAGAAUACUAAUGCAUGAUAUCCUGACUGAUGAUUGUAACGUGAACAUGUGUUUUGAGGACUGUUGUUUUGGUGGUGGUGGACUCAAGACCUGUAUUUCUGUAAAAUCCUGCAACAAAAAUAGAAAAUGAAUUAAUUAAAGAUAUAAACACUC